AUGGACAGAGCUGAUCGCGUGCGCGGGCUAGUGCUGGGCUGUGCUUUGGGAGAUGCCGUGGGCCUUGCCACCGAGUGCGACAAAGGUUUGCCAGGCUGGUUGCAGCCCUCGGAUGCCAUACGAGAUGCACAUCGCAGCAAGUGGAUUCCUGGCGAUUGGACGGAUGACACCGACCAAUUGGUUUGUGUGCUCAGGUGCAUGCUUCCAGAGGUUGAAGGUCGGCCACUACGCGCUCCAAAUGCCUGCGACUUUGCUCAGAAAUUGCUCGCUUGGCAUAAGGUUGGCUUCCCCGAGCUAGGUGAUUCCGGUGGUUGUGGCAUGGGCAGGAGCACUGCCAGGGUCCUGGACGAACCCGACUUCCUGCGGGCGCCCCACGCCGCGGCGCGGCGGGCUUGGGAUGUGACCGGGCGCUGCAUGGCUCCCAAUGGAGCUCUGAUGCGAGCCGCGGCCACAGGGCUACGUCCAGACCACGUGGAAGAAGAUGCCAAGACGAUUGCUUUGGUGACGCAUGCAGACCCCAGGUCCACGGCAGCUUGUGUUGCUGUGGCGAAGCUGGUGUCUUUGAUGCUGGAAACUGGUCCACGAGGAAUCGAUAGGCUUUUGUCAGAAGCUUGUGCAGCAGCGGAGCCAUAUCUCAUCGAGGAGAGCUUGCUGGGAACCUUGCCUCAGCACAGCUAA